AUGACAGUGAAAAUGGGAACAGAAAACAAAGAUGCUGUUAAGAUGAACCAGCUUUCAGGACUGCUUCAGGACGCCCUGAUAGCCACAGAUCACGUACACCAGUGUGCCAUUAUCAGACGAGAAGAUGGCAGUAUCAGAGCCAGUUCCCUCGGAUUCAAUGUGUAUCCCGAUCAAGUGAAGGUAUUCUUGGAUGCCUUCAGAAAUCCACGGCAGACCAGAGAAGAAGGUAUUUACUACGAUGACAAGAACUACAAGUGUGUGCGUGCAGAUGCAGACUCUAUCUAUGCCAAAUGUGACAAGAGCGGCCUGGUUCUGGUCAAGACGGCAACAAUGCUCGUGUUUGCUACCUACAAGGAGAACAUGUUCCCAAGUGUCUGUGUGGAGGCUGUAGAGAAGCUAGCCGACUACUUCAAAGAUAAAGGAGCCUAG